AGAAGUACCAGCAGGAGGCGGAGAAGCAGACCCCCCCAUCUGCUCUGCUCUCUGGACCGGAGCUGCAGUCUCAGCUCGUCCAGACGGACCGGUAUGCAGCGAAUACACCCGCCGAGGAGUGAGUGAGCCGGACCGAGCCGAGAAAAGAUGCAGGCGGAGGACAUGGAGGUCCCCAUCAUGAACAACCUGAACGACAACAACGGCGACAGACAGCGGCCGAARGGGAAAGAUGCGUUCAAGGACCAGCAGAAGGAGUCGGAGAGCUCCAUGGAGUCUCCGAACCUGGAGUUUGAGUACGGAGACUCGGACACGAUCACAACYGAGCUCUCAGAGCUCUACAGUUACACAGAGGAGCCGGAGUUCGCCCUGAACAGAGACUACUUUGAGGAGGACUUCAGGAACCAUGCUCGAGGCAGGAGGUGGGCGGAGCUGUCGGCGGAGGAGCAGAGGGCGUACGUGAUGAGACUGCUGGACGCGCUGGAGGUGACGGACAGGGACAAGAGACUGAAGGUGGCCCGGGCCAUCCUCUACCUGGCUCAGGGAGUGUUUGAUGAGUGCGACACAGAGGUGGACGUGCUCCACUGGUCCAGACACAACAUCUUCCUCCUCUACGACAUGGGCCUCUUCACCGCGCUGCUGGAGCUGCUCAGCAUGGAGAUCGACAACAGCCAGGCAUGCAGCAGUGCAGUGAGGAAGCCCGCCAUCUCCCUCGCAGACAGCACAGAGCUCAGAGUGUUGCUGAGCAUCAUGUACCUGAUGGUGGAGACGAUUAGAGUCCAAACAGAAGACGAUCUGCCGGAGUGGAGAGCAGCCCGAGAGGCCUUUAAGAACGAGCUAGGUUCGCCUCUUUACAACGAAGAGCCCUUCGCUCUGCUCCUCUUCACCAUGGUGACCAAAUUCUGCAGCAUGAACGCGCCGCACUUCCCCAUGAAGAAGGUCCUGCUGCUGCUGUGGAAAACCAUCCUGUUCACGCUGGGGGGCUUCGAGGAGCUCCAAGAGAUGAAGGCGCGAGGCCGGGAGCGCCUCCACCUGCCCCCGCUCCCGGAGGACAGCAUCAAGGUGGUCCGGGCCAUGAGAGCGGCCUCGCCCCCGGCCUCCGCCAUGGAGCUCAUCGAGCAGCAGCAGCAGCAGAAGAGAGGCCGCCGCAGCCGCAGGAGUGCCUUUGUUGAUAGCUUGGAAGGAGACAGUCCCUUUCCCAAGAAGCAGCCCCUGGUCAAGCAGGACAGCCUGGACACGUACAACGAGCGCGACCCUUUCAAGAACGACGACGCCCGAGAUGACGAGGAUGACCCGGAGGACGCCGACAGCGGCAUCGAGGGCGAGGUGGACCCCCUGGACCGUGACGUCAUCAUCCAGCCACCGCCACCGCCGCCGCCACUGAGACCCCCGACAGAGAGGGUCAACUUCCCCAAAGGCUUACCCUGGGCUCCUAAAGUCAGGGAGAAAGACAUCGAACACUUCCUGGAGACCAGCAGAAACAAAUUCAUAGGUUUUACUCUGGGAAACGAUACAGAGACCCUGGUGGGCUUGCCCAGACCCAUCCACGAGAGCGUCAAAACCCUCAAACAGCACAAAUAUGUGUCCAUUGCCGAGGUCCAGAUCAAAAAAGAAGAGGAGCUACAGCAGUGUCCGCUGAGCCUGGGCGAGGAGGAGGUGGAGGAGACACCAGCAGAGAGUUUAUACGUGGGAAUGCUUCCUAAUCUCUCUCAGUACGUGAUUGCUCUCUUGAAGCUCCUGCUGGCUGCAGCUCCCACCUCCAAGGCUAAAACCGACUCCAUCAACAUUCUGGCCGACGUUCUGCCCGAGGAGAUGCCGAUCACAGUCCUUCAGAGCAUGAAGCUGGGCAUCGACGUAAACCGUCACAAAGAAAUCAUUGUGAAGGCCAUUUCUGCGCUGCUGCUGCUGCUUCUCAAACACUUCAAACUCAACCACAUCUAUCAGUUUGAAAUCGUCUCGCAGCACCUGGUGUUUGCCAACUGCAUCCCGCUCAUCCUGAAGUUCUUCAACCAGAACAUCAUGUCCUACAUCAGCGCCAAAAACAGUAUUUGUGUGCUGGACUUUCCUCACUGUGUGGUCCACGAGAUGCCCGAGCUCACAGCUGAAAGUCUGGAAGCAGGAGACAGCAGUCAGUUCUGCUGGAGGAACUUGUUUUCUUGUAUCAAUCUUUUGAGGAUCCUGAACAAGCUGACCAAAUGGAAACACUCCAGGACCAUGAUGUUGGUGGUGUUUAAGUCGGCUCCCAUCCUGAAGCGAGCCCUGAAGGUGAAGCAGGCCAUGAUGCAGCUCUACGUCCUCAAGCUGCUGAAGAUCCAGACCAAGUACCUGGGCCGCCAGUGGAGGAAGAGCAACAUGAAGACCAUGUCGGCCAUCUACCAGAAGGUCCGCCACCGGCUCAACGAUGACUGGGCCUACGGCAACGACAUCGACGCCCGGCCCUGGGACUUCCAGGCGGAGGAGUGCGCCCUGCGGGAGAGCAUCGAGAAGUUCAACGGCCGCCGCUACGACCGGAACAGGAACGGCGACUUCGCGCCGGUGGACAACUGCCUGCAGAGCGUGCUGGGUCAGCGCGUGGAGCUGCCCGAGGACUUCCGCUACAGCUACGAGAUGUGGCUGGAGAGGGAGGUGUUCUCGCAGCCGAUCCAGUGGGAGGGGCUUCUGCAGAACCCGUAGGAGGAAAAGAGGGUAGAUUAUACUGGAUUGAAGCAAUGGGGGCGGGGUUAAGAUGAAGGAAUUGGCUCGAUUUGAUGCAGCGCACACUUUUUAAACUAACACGUGCCUAUGACUACUGUGAAACACACAAAACAGAUAAAACAAGUAGCAGUUGAUGAAAAACACCAGGUUGUAGCAGGACACCGUUUUACUGCCCCACCUUAAAAAAAAACAUCAGUUUACACUUUUUGACCCCCCCUUCUUAAAUAAAUCGGUGCUUUUCUGAUUCCUUUUAUUACCAAUUCCUAACGGUGUAUUUYGUAAAACCUUUUCUGACAAUUUUUUAAGGAUGUAAAUUUUAAAAAGCUUUUAAUCUUAUGGUUUUAUCUUGUUUCGCUGUUGGAAGCGAUUGCUUUAAAAAGUUUUCAUACGCUUUUUUUUUUCUUCCUUUUUUUCUUUUAGAAAAGCGAUCCGAUAAAUUCAAACAUCUGGAAGCUGUUUGCUUUCUUGAAAAAAAAAAAAAAUCCACAAAAACACACCAGCUGUUUGUUCGUGAAUGUUUAAAAUAAAAGGUAGUGUGUACAGAAAUUAAAACUGAAAACCUAAUGGGAUUGGAAUUUGAGGGGUGAAAGCAAGAAACUAUUGUUUCUGUAAAAAAAAAAACAAAAAAAAAGAAUUAUACUUUUUUUUAAUUCCA